GGAGCGUAUAAGAGCGCCCACCCGCGCAGCCACCCACGCAUCCUCCAAACCCUAGCGCCGGCGCCUCCACUUCGCUUCCUCACCCCAUCUCCUCCCGCUCAGGGUCCAGCGGCGAAGGGAAGGCAAGAUGUACACCGCGAGGAAGAAGAUCCAGAAGGAGAAGGGCCUCGAGCCCUCUGAGUUCGAGGACUCCGUCGCUCAGGCUUUCUUUGACCUGGAGAACAGCAACCAGGAGAUCAAGAGCGACCUCAAGGACCUCUACAUCAACAAUGCUAUCCAGAUGGAUGUUGCCGGGAACAGGAAGGCUGUUGUGAUCCACGUCCCAUACCGUCUGCGCAAGGCCUUCAGGAAGAUCCAUGUCAGGCUCGUCAGGGAGCUGGAGAAAAAAUUCAGUGGCAAGGAUGUUGUAAUUGUUGCCACAAGAAGGAUUGUGAGGCCACCCAAGAAGGGUUCAGCUGUUCAGCGUCCUCGCACUAGGACUCUGACUGCUGUUCAUGAUGGAAUCUUGGAGGAUGUUGUCUACCCAGCUGAGAUUGUGGGGAAGCGUGUCAGAUACCGUUUGGAUGGUGCCAAGAUCAUCAAGAUCUUCUUGGACCCAAAGGAGAGGAACAACACCGAAUACAAGCUGGAGACCUUCACUGCAGUCUACCGCAGGCUUUGUGGGAAGGACGUGGUCUUUGAGUACCCUGUUGCUGAAAACGCAUAAAGAUGUCCUGGAUCUCUAUUUCAUUUCUUUGAAGCAGGAUGUUUUGGUUGGGGUCUCAACUAGUUUGCUCCCUCUGUACUUCAAAACCAUAGUUUUGAUGCCAAAGUUGUUGCUUAGGUGUUCGGUACCUGGAAAUUGGCAGUGAAUGUGAACUAUGUUAAGUUUUGAGCAUUUAAAUUAAACCUUUGCCCUGUUAACUCGUCAUUUGUUUCAUUGCUGAA